AUGGCCCUGAGCGAGUGCAAGGGAUCUUCCCCUCCGAGCCAGAAGGAAUGGCAGAGUCUUAGCGCUGCUUUGGACAAGUGGGAAGGCUCUCGCACUCUGCUGGCUCGGACGUCGCUGACAGCGGUGCCUCACUGGCAGAAUGGCAAGGAGCACGUGGACCCGCCGUACUGGACGGAUUUUCUACAUAGCACCGAUGACCUGAAGAGGACCAUCAGCAAAGCACUGCAAGGGGUGAUGCCCGCCGAGGCCCGGCUGGCAGUAUAUAUACUUGCCGACAGGUUGAUGGGGCGCAGCCGCUUCUGUGCCAGCCGAGGUUGGUAUUUGAGCAGCCGGCGGCACAUCAUCAAUGAGCGGGAGUUUGCGGCCCUGCAGAAGCUGAUUGCUUACACCCUGGGGCCCAGUCCAACAUAUCUCACACGCAUUGAUCGUGACCGUGCAAUGAUCACGUCAUGUGGAUGCAGUUUCCCGCUGUACAUCUCAGCAACAGUAUCAGAGCACCGCCGCUUCGCAACUUCCCGAGAGCGGUUUCUCUAUCCAUGUGACUUCUUGGCGUAUCCGAUCCCUGAUGCUACUUUCUACCAGGACCGUCGGAUCAUUUGCCCAUGGGUCCAGCCUGGAGGUGCCAUCGACGUCUGCCAGGGCGUGCACUUGUCCGUCUCCGUGGAAAGCCCCGGUGCCAUUGCCAUGUCCUGCAGCCAAGCGAGCGGCUGUCCUCCAAACUACCGGCAGCAGCUGAUCAAAAGGUCUCCGUCGGCAACGGACGACGAGCUGCAGCGGUACAUACAAAAGGCACAGCGCAUGGAAUUUGUAGUUUUCGUUGGCAAGAACUUGGGCUCCUUUGAUGCCGAGCACCCAUACUCGCAGUCUUCAACCGUCGUCAUGGUGGACGAUGCUGAUAUGGUUGAGAAGAUCCUGCAGGUUUCAGACGAGCUCAAUCUAGGCUUGCGGACCGAUGAUGUGACGCAUCUAGGGCGAAGUGCGGUUUUCCCAUUCUCUUUUCCACCGGCGUUGUGUGACGAAGACAGGGUGCUUCAGCAAACAUUGAUGGACACUGGGGAAGCUUUCGCCACUUCAUCUGCAGCACAAGUCUUCGCGACAGACACAUUGGCACAACAUGGCAUUGAUUCGAAGUCUUUGCUGGACGUGGGCGAACGGGACUUCGAGCAGAUGCUGCAUUUCGGCGACACCGAAGACGAAGUGUUGACAAGAGCACGCGAGCUGGUGGCGAAUGCAAUGAAGCAGCUGCGGCGAGUUGAAGCGCUUGCUCAGUGGAUUUCGGAAGACUUGCUCUGCCGGGACCUGCUGGAUCAAGUGUGGCGCGAGCUGAAGCUGAGGGCAGAAUGGUCCGAGAUUUCGGACCGCUGGAGCCAACACUUUGCGCCGCCGCCUCGCAAGUCGAAGAACAAGAAGACACGACAGAAGGAGAAGGAGGGCGGUGCUGAAGCUGUCGAUGUAGAGAAGCUGCCCAUGCGCUUGCAGCAGGCGGUAGUGGACAUGGACAAGAAGGUCUGGAAAUGCCGCACCUACCACAAGUACUUCUGCCUGCUGCAGCGACGGGGCCUCCUGGACUACUUCGACAGACGCCUGCCACUGGAAGAUGGGCCGCGGGUGGUCCUUCACGGUUUCCUUCGUGCGUCCACAUGGACGCAGCAAGCCGGUUUGGUGGUCAGCCCAGACAGCAUCAGCGCCUUCUCCGCUCAUCCAGGGGUGAUCCAUCGCAACAUCACGCUCGAGAACCCGACGGCCUCCGACAUCACCGUGCAGCUCGAGUUGUCGAAGGGGACGGAGAGCGGCACCCGUCGGCUGGCAGCGCUGUCGGGAGAAGUUCAAUCCUUCAGCAAGGACUCGCUGUGCAACGGUACAUCGAGGCUCCUGCUGCGGUGGCGGCAACCAGGUGGCCAGGCCGGGAAAGCUUACCGGAGGCUCGCAGAGGAGCCCACCAUUGUCCGGUGGCAUCACCUUCAGAACUUAGACCUGGACAUCGUGGAUCUAAACUGCUCAGGGCAGACGCCCGAAGAGACGCUAGGCGAAGUGAAGCACCGGUUCGGCCACGAGUUGAGCUUCGUCGAACUCGAUCAGAAGGUGCACCUGCUGGACUCGGGUUUCUCAGCGACGCCGAAUGAUCCCUCCUGGACGAACCUUUGGGGCAUGGCCCGCGUGGAUGUGGAGCGGGCCUGGGCGCGUGUGGAGGAGCUCGGGGUGCAGAGCCAGCAGGUCGUGGUGGCCGUGAUCGACUCGGGGGUACAGCUCGACCAUCCAGACCUGCAGGACAUGCUCUGGACCAACCCAGGCGAGAUUCCUGGAAAUGGAGUAGAUGAUGACGGCAACGGCUACGUCGAUGAUGUUCACGGAUACAACUUCUUUGGUGGGCUCGGCUGCAGGCAGAAUUUGAAAGCAUGA